CUACCUACAAUAUUAAUUCAUGUAGUGCUAAGAAAAUUGAUAUUUGAAGCCACCAAAAUAUCAAUCCCACCCCCAUAAAACAUAUUGAAAUGGACCAAAAGCCUCAUGCUGUACUUGUACCAUAUCCAGCACAAGGUCAUGUGAAUCCCUUCAUGCAACUAGCCAAACUCCUUCGUUGCAAUGGUUUCCACAUAACUUUUGUGAACACUGAAUUCAACCACAAACGUUUGAUUAAAUCACUUGGAGAAGAGUUUGUAAAGGGUCUCCCAGAUUUUCAAUUUGAGACGAUACCCGAUGGUUUACCGGAAUCUGAUAAAGAUGCAACACAAGAUAUUCCAAUGUUGUGUGAUGCAAUUAGAAAUAACUUUUAUGUUCCUUUUAAAGAGCUUGUGAAUAAGCUCAACACUUCAUCACCACAUAUUCCAGUUACUUGUAUAAUUGCUGAUGGACUUUUGGCCUUUGCUGGAAGAGUUGCAAAAGAUUUGGGCAUUCAAGAGGUACAAUUUUGGACUGCUUCUGCUUGUGGUUUUCUUGGAUAUUUGCAUUAUGAUGAACUUGUCAAAAGAGGGAUUCUUCCAUUCAAAGAUGAAAAAUUUGUUAGCGAUGGCACCUUAGAAACAAGUAUAGAUUGGAUAACGGGAAUGAAAGAUAUCAAACUAAGAGACCUUCCAAGUUUUAUUAGAGUCACGGAUCUAAAUGAUAUUAUGUUUGAUUUUAUGGGUUCCGAAGCACAAAAUUGUAUAAAAUCGUCAACAAUUUUAAUCAACACAUUUGAAGAAUUGGAAGAAGAAGCCCUUUACACUCUUAGGGCCAAAAACCCAAACAUAUAUAGCAUUGGUCCACUUCAUAUAUCUGAUAGGAACUUUCCAGAGAAAGAACGUGGUUUUAAGAAAAGUGGUUCAAGUUUAUGGAAAAAUGAUCCAAAAUGUAUAAAAUGGUUGAAUAAAUGGAAGCCCGACUCAGUCUUAUAUGUUAAUUAUGGAAGUAUAACUGUUAUGACAAAUCAUCAUUUGAAUGAAUUUGCUUGGGGAAUAGCAAAUAGCAAGUUACCAUUUUUAUGGAUAAUGAGGCCAGAUGCAGUAAUGGGUGAAGAAACAUCAAAUUUACCACAAGAGUUUCUAGAUGAAGUUAAGGAUAGAGGAUACAUAACUAGUUGGUGCUCUAAAGAUCAAGUGCUUGCUCAUCCGUCGAUUGGAGUCUUUCUAACUCAUUGUGGUUGGAAUUCUACAACCGAAGCUAUUUCUUCGGGUGUGCCUACUAUUUGUUGGCCUUUCUUUGCUGAGCAACAAACAAAUUGUAGGUAUUUAUGCAACAAUUGGGAAAUGGGGAUGGAAAUUAACCAUGACGUGAAAAGGGAGGAGAUAACAAAACUUGUGAUGGAAAUGAUGGAGGGAAAAAAGGGAAAAGAAAUGAAACAAAAGAGCUUAGAGUGGAAAAAGAAAGCAAAAAAUGCUACCGAUUUAAAAGGAUCGUCAUACAAUAAUUUUCACAAGUUAAUUACGGAGGUUCUUCAUCGCAACGCUAUUUGAAUCCUAUUAUCACUGGUCUAAUGUGAAAUUAUCUUGUUCUGUUACUUUAUUUAAAUUACUUCUUGUUUAAGGAAACAUUGUCUCCUUUUUCCUUUUUUUUUUCUUUUCAUGAUGUUACAAUUGGGUUGACAAAGUGGCAAGCAAUAUUGUAACUAAUGUUGCUUCAUUAAUUUUUUUUAUUAUAUUCCUAGUUGUAUUGCUCAUUUGAUUGAUUAAGAAAUUUAAUAGUUU